UCUCAGUCAGUGGGUCAAUCUCUUAUAUCUCAUCAUUUUGAUUACAUGUAGGUGUUUGCUAUGGACUUGCGAAACGAGCUAAGGGGUUCGCGUCAAAACCACCAUGAUUGGUACAAGUACAUGACCCAAGGAGCAAACACAAUCCACGACAUCAACCCCGAUUUUAUAGUUAUCAUUUCAGGGUUAGCCUUUGACAACGACCUUAGCUUCUUGAAGAAAAAACCUCUUGACUUAAACUUCCCUCACAAAAUAGUGUACGAGUCACACAUCUAUUCCGUCUCAGGAGAUACACACAGGUGGCGCGUGCAACCAGUGAAUUGGAUAUGCAACGCCACAAUUCAAUUGUUGCACCAACAAUCAAGCUUUCUUCUGAGUGGUAAGAAUCCAGCACCUUUGCUUGUGAGUGAAUUUGGAUACGACAUGACUGGUGGUUCUUUUGCCGACAACAUGUACUUACCAUGCAUUGUGUCCUAUUUUGCCUCUGUGGACUUGGAUUGGAGCUUGUGGGCUUUCCAAGGAAGCUAUUACUAUAGACAAGGCAAAGUUGGACUAGGAGAAUCAUAUGCGGUGAUGGAUGAUGAUUGGAAAAGUUAUAGAGACCCUAACUUCACUCAAAAGUUUGAGCUUCUGCAAAGGAUGGUUCAAGAUCCAACUUCAAAUGUCUCAAAGUCCAAUAUAAUUUUCCAUCCAUUGACUGGUUACUGUGCACAUGUGAAUAAUAGUAAGGAGCUUGUAAUGGGUGAUUGCAAGAGUAAUAGCCUAUGGAGUUAUGAAGGUGAUGGAUCUCCAAUUAGGUUGAUGAACUCUGCCAAGUGUUUAAAGGCAGUUGGUGAAAGGCUUCCUCCAUCUCUCUCUGAAGAUUGCUUGUCUCCACAAAGUUCUUGGAAAACUGUUUCAAUGACUGGUCUUCACUUGGCCACUUUUGAUAAGGACGGAGACCUUUUGUGCUUAGAAAAGGAUUCCAAUUCUUCCAAGAUAGUGACCAGCAAAUGCAUCUGCAUAAGCGAUGAUGAUUCUUCAUGUUUGGACAAUCCCCAAAGCCAAUGGUUCAAACUUGUUUCGACCAAUGUUUAGUUAGAAAUUAGGGAGAGUCUGUUUUUAGGAGGUAGAUAUUAGGUAGUUUGCUAGUAGCAUCAGUUUGCUUUUAGUUUUCAGAAAUAUUUAAGGAACAUUGUUGUCUAUGGCAUCAACUUGAUAUAUUCGUAGAAAUUUGAUAUAAAUAAAUUUAGAUUUAAAUAAGUUUCUAGUCC